CUCCUCAAUUACUUUUGUAACGUCAACUGAUUACCCUUUUGGCGGUAAUCUGACUUCUUCUCUCCUUUCUCAGUUGGCAAGACUUUCAGAUCUUCGUUCAGUAUGGCGUCUACGGUUCUGGGAAAGCGACUUAGAGACGCCGCCGAAAAGCCAGAUACCCAGUCGAUUGCUCAACGUAUAAAGCGCCGAACUCGCUCUUCGCCGAUCAAUGAUGAAAACGAGAAUCCCUUCUAUUUACGACGAGCAUCCUCCAGCCAAGUAAAGGAAGUGGAAAGAGAUGAGCAGAAACCAAAAGUAGAAAGCCCCGGGAGGAGAAAACGUGUAUCAGCGCCAAGGACUGAGCCGAUUGAGAAGUCAGCGCUCUCUCCAGCAACAAAAGAUUCUCAUAACAAGGGUCUAACAGGCGAAGUGUCAAAAUCGAUUGAGCCAACAACACCACAAACUCCUCGACACAGAGACGCUGUAUCUAAAAGGCUACCGGUGACCCCUCGACAUCGCAUUCAAGUCGCUGCGAAACCGUUGACACCACGCACCCCUCAAACACCAUGUACGCCAAGCAGCACAUGUUCCACCGUCUACAACGUUGCACGGUCCCUGUUCGUGCGGAAUUCAAACCCAGGUCAGCUGGUUGGGCGCGAAAAUGAGCGAAAGGAACUAAGUGAAUUUGUCCAAAAGAGGCUUCAAUCGAAAAAUGGUGGCUGUGUAUAUGUCAGCGGGCCGCCAGGCACUGGAAAAAGUGCUCUUAUUCACGAGAUUGUCGAAGAGGCAAAGACCGCCGGAGCGACAAACUCAGCUUAUUUGAACUGCAUGAGUGUUAAGAAAGCAGCCGAUGUCUUUGAGAAACUAGGCGAAGAGUUAUGCCCAGGCUCCGAUGAUCAAGGGUGCAGCAACCUCGACGCCCUAAAAACAGCGCUUAGCAAAAGGAGUAAUGUUGAUGGGGGUUCUAAUGUGGUGGUACUGGAUGAAGUGGAUCAUCUUUUGACCCUUGAUCUUGAGACGCUUUACGCCCUCUUCGAAUACUCUAUGCAACAGGAUUCGCGUCUCAUCCUGAUAGGCAUUGCAAACGCCCUGGAUCUUACCGAUCGUUUUCUUCCGCGAUUAAAGGCGCGAAACCUCAAGCCUCAUUUAUUACCUUUUCUCCCGUACUCAGCAUCCCAAAUCGCAUCAAUUAUUACCUCACGCCUUAGGAGCACCUUACCUGCAGCAACAACAGUACCAGCAGACUAUGUACCCUUUAUCCAUCCAGCCGCCAUUCAGCUCUGCUCCAAAAAGGUUUCUUCCCAGACGGGCGAUCUUCGGAAAGCAUUCGAUAUAUGCCGUCGCGCAAUUGAUCUCAUCGAGUCUGAGACUCGAGCAAAGCACCAACGUCAGCUAUUUGAGCAGAACCUCCAAGCUAGCCCUUCGAAGACCCCAUUGGUCGAGAAUAUCAACCUAUCUUCGCCAAGCUCGAGCCCAGAUUCUUCAGACACAAAAGCUGCUGAAGAUACACGACGACAAUCGACAAAACCCACGUCGCUUCUUUCGGGCCUCACCCCUGAAACCGCUCCACGUGCUACUAUCGCACAUGUCGCCCGCAUUUCAGCCGCCGCGUUUGGAAACGGAGCUUCCCAGCGACUACAGUCCUUGAAUCUCCAGCAAAAGGCCGCGUUAUGCGCCCUUGUCACUAUUGAACGAAGAGCGCGCUCCGCAACUACCGUGACGAAUGCGGGCCUACAAACUCCCUCCAAGACCGCCAAUGCCGCACCCACUGUCCGAGCGCUCUUUGAAGCAUAUUCUGACCUCUGCAAACGCGACGGCAUGCUGCAGCCUCUAAGUAGCGUCGAGUUCCGCGAUGUCAUUGGUAGCCUCGAGACCCUUUCCUUGAUUUCCACUGUAGAUGGACGAGGCGGAACCCUCGCAGCCGCCGGUACGCCGUCCAGACGCGGUCGUCCCGUUGCCUUUACUGGCAUUGCAACCGGCGAUGAGCGAAGAGUCGCCGCCUGCGUUAGUGCAAAAGAACUUGAAUCUGCCGUCGAAGGCGCCGGCGCCGGGAUACUGAAGGCGAUGCUUUUUGCGGAAAAUUGAACUUGUAUCGGGUCAUACCUGAGUUAUUUUCCUUUUUCACGGAUCGGUCGACAUGUUAUUUUUUAGCCAUUAUCCGUCCUAUUUCCCGUUAACCGUCCUAUUUCCCGUUAACCGUCCUAUUUCCCACUAUCCGUUUCUAUUUGCUUCACUCAUCAUC